GUGAUCUUUGUCCACGUCUCCAAAUGACUCCAGCUGCAUGCGUACUCACUCCAGAGCAGAUGCUGUAGAUGGUUCGUUCUAACCAGCCAUGUUGGUAUCUAACCGUCUUUGGGCAAGGACGACUUCGCCGUUGACUACAACAUCACUUUUCACCACAGAAAUACGUCGUAUCUCUUCAGCAUAAUGAAAAACAAUUGGACUAUCAUUGCUCGCCAUGGCUGGAUCUGGUCAGCCUUGCGAAUGCAGGCGCAGACCCCUCGUUUGGCAAAGCCAUCACGUACUCGUGUUUCUAUGCGCCACCUUCGCCCCUGCGACCGUCGAUUCAGCACGCAAGGCCAAUGGUCUGCGUCGACACAUCCUCGAAUUCCAAGACUGCAUCACCUCCCUCGAAAAAUGCGAGAAACCCGUGAUCUGCAUGUUACAUGGCAUCUCGUUCGGACUCGCGCUGGGCAUGAGUCUGAGCUGUGAUGUGCGAAUCUCGUUGCGUGCUUCGUGGUUGUGACGAUGAUUGGAUACCCGGAGCGGAAAUACGAGUUAUACGUGUAUGCUAGUCUAUACGCCGUAUUUUCAACAUAGCCGCUUUAACGGAUCCUCAAGUCACCUUGGCGGGCAGUGCCUAUGCAAUUACCCAUAGAACACUGAGCUUGGAAGGUUGAAUGAUCCUUCCGUAUGUGAAGCUGGGUUUCACCAUGGUAGAACAUGUUAAGGUACGAACAAAAUUAGAUGACUAGGUAGUGAGCGAAGGAUCAUGCUCUCGUAUCCCGUUUCAAGCACG